AUGAGUUAUCGAAUAGCUGGGUGGGCUCUGGUCAUUGGAUUUGGUGUGCUCAAUGGGUACAUGACCUUCAAGCCUGCCUUUGAAGCCCGAGCAUUGGAGAAGCUGAAGCAAGAGGAGCGGGCUGCUUCGGAACUUGGACCGAACAUGAUCGAAAUCCAUGCGCAGGCAAGCGACAAUACGAUCUCAUCAAACCAAAGCACGCCGAAGGCACGGGCAAAUGAGUGA